AUGUCAAAGCUGUCGGAGCAUCCCGAGCUGUGGCAGAUGCUGCUGCGCAACGACUUCAGCGCAUCGUUUACGCACAGAGCGAUGCUGCUGACAUGGAUGGCCAUGCAUCAACAGUUCCAUCCUCGCCAGCUGUACGUUUUCAAGCGUCGUGAGCAUCUACUGGACUUGGAAAUAGCCCGAAACGAGCUGCAACAACGUGGGGAGCAGGCACGUGAGCAGGAGCGCAAGCAGCGGCGGCUUCGUGCCCUGAACUACUUCCUCGUGCGCUUCGGCCACUGCCUCUUCUGCUUGUCCUUGAUUUCCAGUAGCACGCUCUUGUGGCUUCAGCUCUUGGAGGUUCUGCACACGUCCUUCUACAUCAUCCUUGCCCCGUUCUUUGUCUUUGAGGUCUUCGUGCUGAUCUCGGCGGCCAUCACGUUCACCAUCUACCUUCAGCGCAGCAGCACCGGCUGGACCUUCUACUGGAAUCGCUUGCAGGGCACCGUGAGGUGGUUCCUUCUCCUCAGCUCGCCUUGCGAAUGCCUGAUGGUGCUCAUCUUUGGUUCAGCAGUAGUGCCCCUGACGGCGGCCACUCUUCAGGAGGACCUGAAGCUCCCGUGGCCUUGGUUGAAGUACCUGCCGCCCUUCCUGGCCUUCUGGCUUGCAGCGUUGACGUGUGGUUUAAGCAUCCUGCGACGGCGAUCGUGCUCAUCCAGCUGCAUUGGCUCCAGCUUGUUCUUGUGGAUCCCGCUGGGCCUGUUUAGUACCCUCCUCUUCUUGAGGCUCUCCGUGUGUCCGCAGCUGCCGCCGGUUGUGAUGCUGAUGCCGAUCAUGCUGGUGACGGGUACACUGAUCCUCUUCUCCAGCUUCCUGAGCCUGGCAUCCUUCUGGCUUGGAUGGAGGGGCAGCCGAGACUGGAUGGAGUAUGCGUCCACGACUCUCGUGGUCAUACUGACCGUGUUGCUGCCGCUGCUAUCUGUGCAGCUGGCGCUGGUUGGGUACCUGAGAGGGUUUCUGCCGGUCAACUGGGUCUUUGCUCCCUGGACUAUCUGGCUCUCUGGGCUGCUGGGCUUCACAUUGUGGCAAAGCUUUCUGCCGCUGAAGCCAGCUGCAGCCCCUUUGGACAUACCACGUUACUGGAGGCAUCAGGACUUACAUUCUGAUGCGGAGACGCUGUUACCUCCGUAG